GAUCAGUUUAUUCCCCUCUGCUAUCUCAUUGACUGAGGAGGCAACGUCCGAGCGCAGGCUGGAGGCAGCUGGAGAAUACACUGAGGAAUUGGCUCUCGGCCGUGACGCGCUUCCUCCCCUCGCCGUCUCCUGCAGUCAGCUGAUUGGAAAAUAAAAAAAAGGGGGAAAAAAAAAGCCUGAGAGCGAGUGGAAGACAUCAUGGCACCGAUCGGGCUCAAAGCGGUGGUCGGAGAAAAGAUUAUGAAUGAUGUCAUCAAGAAGGUGAAGAAGAAGGGUGAAUGGAAGGUGCUGGUGGUGGAUCAGCUCAGCAUGCGAAUGCUGUCGUCCUGUUGCAAGAUGACUGAUAUUAUGACAGAGGGUGUUACAAUUGUGGAAGACAUAAAUAAAAGGAGAGAACCGCUCCCCAGUUUGGAAGCAGUUUAUCUGAUCACACCCUCUGAAGAAUCUGUCCGUGCACUGAUCAAUGAUUUUAAGGAUGCUCCAUCCUCAAAGUACAGGGCAGCUCAUGUCUUCUUCACCGACUCUUGUGCGGAUCCAUUAUUUAAUGAGCUGGUAAAGUCUCGUACAUCAAAAGUCAUCAAAACCCUUACUGAGAUCAACAUUGCCUUUCUUCCAUAUGAGUCACAGGUUUACUCGCUGGAUGUACCAGAUGCAUUCCAGAGCUUUUACAGCCCCCACAAGACACAGUUGCGAAACCCCCUCAUGGAACGAUUAGCGGAGCAGAUUGCAACCCUGUGUGCCACGCUGAAAGAAUAUCCUGCUGUCAGAUACAGGGGGGAUUAUAAAGAAAAUGCCAUGCUCGCACAGCUGGUCCAAGAUAAACUUGAUGCAUACAAAGCUGAUGAUCCAACUAUGGGUGAAGGACCAGACAAAGCCCGCUCGCAGCUAUUGAUAAUUGACCGUGGAUUUGACCCCGUAUCCCCUGUUCUCCAUGAACUGACCUUCCAGGCAAUGACCUAUGACUUGCUGCCUGUUGAAAAUGAUGUAUACAAGUAUGAAACAAGUGGAAUUGGAGAAAAUCGGGUCAAGGAGGUCCUUCUGGAUGAGGAUGAUGAUCUCUGGAUUACCCUGCGUCACAAGCACAUCGCAGAAGUGUCCCAGGAGGUUACGCGGUCCUUAAAAGACUUCUCCUCGAGCAAGAGAAUGGCGACUGGUGAGAAGACAACCAUGAGGGAUUUGUCUCAGAUGCUGAAGAAGAUGCCACAAUAUCAGAAGGAACUAAGCAAGUAUUCCACCCACCUUCAUCUUGCUGAGGAUUGUAUGAAACAUUAUCAAGGCACUGUGGAUAAAUUGUGCCGAGUUGAACAGGAUCUGGCCAUGGGGACUGAUGCUGAGGGAGAGAAGAUCAAGGAUCCAAUGAGAGCCAUUGUUCCCAUUCUGCUAGACAAUAAUGUCUCCACUUACGAUAAAAUUCGCAUCAUCCUUCUCUACAUUUUCCUUAAAAAUGGAAUCACUGAGGAGAAUCUGAACAAACUGAUUCAACAUGCUCAGAUCCCACCCGAGGACAGUGAGAUCAUUAACAACAUGGCUCACUUGGGAAUUCCCAUCAUUACAGACUCAACCCUACGUCGCAGGAACAAGCCAGAGCGUAAAGAGCGUAUCAGUGAACAGACCUAUCAACUGUCUCGAUGGACACCACUCAUCAAGGACAUCAUGGAGGAUGCCAUUGAUGACAAAUUGGACACUAAACAUUACCCAUACAUUUCUGCCCGUUCUACUGCCUCUUUCAGUGCCACUGCAGUCAGUGCCCGAUAUGGCCACUGGCAUAAAAAUAAAACACCGGGAGAGUACAGAACAGGGCCACGUCUCAUCAUCUUCAUCAUUGGAGGGACCUCAUGCUCUGAGAUGCGCUGUGCUUAUGAGGUCACACAGGCCAAUGGAAAGUGGGAGGUGCUAAUAGGAUCCACACACAUUCUCACUCCCCAGAAGUUACUUAACUCGUUAAAGAAAAUGAAUAAGCCAGAUGAAGAAGCUAGCAGUUAAGACUGAAGCUAUACAUCAAGACGUUCACAAAUUCUUAUUCACAAAUGUUUCCUUCCCAGUGAGGAGAAUAUUAUUAUCUGUGAAGUUUUGGUGUUGCAACCUUUGUAAUUCAACAUGUAUGCAUUGAGCUAAAAAUAAAGCUAGUGAACUUAGCUAAACCUGUUUAACAAUGGAUGCAACGUUUUGAAACAAUUAAAAAAGCUACAUAAUACUGUAAUUACCAAAUCUUAUAAGGAUGCUCUGAGUACUGCUAGGACAUGUGUAAAUGGUAGAGUUAUGUUUGUUUAUUUAGUGUACAUUUUUAUUAGUGGAGGAACAAGUUGCAUGAGGUUGAUUUUUAAUUAAUAAACCGUUCAAACUGAGUUAGAAUUGGUGAGACUAUGAAUGAGAAAUAUUUUGUUUAAUAGUCUUUAACCACACAGCAUGAGAUUGAUUGUUUAAUAUUCAGUGCAAUGCUACCUUUUGGAGACUUCUACCUCCCAGGGGUACAACAGAGUUCAUCCCAAUUUGCUUUGGACCAAGGCUUACCGAAAUUAUGUUUGACAAAGUGGUGUGAGAUCAUUGAGAAGCCUUUCUGUUAAAGAUGGAAUUUGAAUCAAAAUUUUUGAACACAUUCCUCCACUAAUUUUCAAACUGAAGUAUUCCUCAUCUUUAAUGUGUAGUGUCAAAGUCAUGCUUGCAAAAAGGGCCAAUGGUAUUUCAGUAUUGUAUUUAGUAAAAUGCCGUUUCAUUGGUUAGUAUCAACAGAGAACAUUAUGCACUGAAAUGUGUAGUGUGUAUGCCAUUUUGUUACUGUAUAGUCCACUGGUGAAAAUGUGAAGUAGCCUCCUUUAAUUUAUGAGCGUCUAUGCCCUGUAUCUGUGUUGUUGUGUUAAGCUUGUUUGUAGUUACUGAGGAAUUUUUUUUCUUCUGGGCAUUGCUACAUCUUCCAUUUGUUGAAAAGCAUAUUAUCUACCAGUCUCUGCUUGUUCAGUUACCAGAGCAAAGGCUGUGUGAUGCACUGACUGCUUUGUGAUGCAAAAAGCUUAUUUUGCUGUUGUAUACGAUCACUGUGUCAAGUCAUAUUUAUAUUGAAGUUAUUUAUCUGAGAAUUUAGUCUGUCUUGAUCCCAUGUCUCUUUAAAAUAAAUCGGAUUCUGCAUUCAAAGUGUUCAAGCACAAACUGUACUUUAUGGUACUGAAACGGACAAAUAAAUUGAAUCUGAUGAGA